AUGGAACCAAUUAUCAAGUUUCUGGCUAAGAAUGGUUCACCACUUCUUGCUAAUGUGUAUCCCUACUUUGUUUACACUGAGAUCAAUAAAACCAUCAGCCUUGACUAUGCUUUGUUCAUGCAAUCGCCUGCUCUUGUGAUUAGUGAUGGAAAUUUUAAGUACAACAGUCUUUUUGAAUCAAUGGUUGAUGCUCUUUAUGUAGCACUUGAGAAGUCUGGUGGAGCCGAAGUGUCGAUCGUGAUAUUCGAGAGCAGUUGGCCAUCAGGUGGAGGCAACAGUGCAACAAUAGAGAAUGCAGGUACGUACUACAAAAAUUUGAUUAGCUUUGUUCGGAAUGGGACGCCGAGGAGGCCGAGAAGAGCUAUUGAAACAUAUCUGUUUGCUAUGUUUGAUGAGAACUUGAAGUCUCUUGAAAUGGAGAAACAUUUUGGUCUAUUCACACCUGAUAAGAAAUCAAAAUACCAACUUAGUUAUAGUUAA